AUUAUCUUCGUCUUCAUUUAUAAUACACACUAGUUCAAGCUUCCCCUUUCCCGGUGCUUUCCUUCACGCUUUGUUUCUUUCUUCCUUCCCACAAAAACCAUUCAUUCGGCUCUCAUUUAAUCCGCAGUGCUUUCUCUCUAGGCUUUCAAGCUUUCCGAUCCAAUUUUCCGGUUUUUUCUAUUAAUCAUACAACGCUUUCGGGCUUUGUGAGUUUCUUUGAUCUGAUCACUUGCAAUACAAUCUUUUUUUUGUUUUGUUUUGUUUUGUUUUCAAUUUGGGAUAUCAAAGAUAAAUUUUGAGUUUUCUAUGCUGUUUUUGGUUACCGAGAAAUCGCUAGAAAUCCCGGACGAAUGAUCGCUUUCCUUCUAUAAAUAUCAGCAUCUUAUAUAUAUAUAUCUAGUACUAAUUUGAGACUUUGAUGAGCUAAAGAAUCAGUCACAGAACACCUCUUUUUAUUUGUUUUCAAUUUGGUAACGAAGCGGAGGCACUAGUUUUAUUUGAAAAGGUCUGAGCUGUGCAAAUGUUGGGAAGUGGGUUACAGUUUGGAAAUGUACGUGGGGAGGACAGGUUUUACAUUCCUGUGAAAGCAAGAAAGAGAUACAAUAAUCAGCAAAAGCAAGCUAGGAAAGCCAAGAAUGAUGCAAACGAGAACCCCAAAGAGCUUCCAAAGAGCAAAGUUGUGGUUUCUGAGAAGAGAAGCCCCAAAGAGCCUCCAAAUACAUUGGCAAAGCCUUCUUCUGAGUCAUCUCUAAAGCCUAGUAGUAAUCUUGACAGGCUCUUGGAGUCCACCACUCCUUCAGUUCCUGCGCAGUAUUUCUCUAAGACGACAAUGAGGGGGUGGAGGACUUGCGAUGUUGAGUUUCAGCCUUACUUCACAUUGAAUGAUCUUUGGGAAUCGUUUAGGGAGUGGAGUGCAUAUGGGGCAGGAGUGCCAUUGGUACUUAACAAAAGUGAUUCUGUUAUUCAAUAUUAUGUUCCCUAUUUAUCUGGUAUCCAAUUAUAUGGGGAAUCUUCUGUGAAGUCAAAUGCAAAGUCAAGGCAAGUUGGUGAGGACAGUUAUGUUGACUACGAUUUGGAUUCGAGUAGUGAUGCAAGCAGCGAUUAUGAAGUUGAGAAACACAAAAAGACUGCUAAGGAGCAGCAAGCUCUUCACCGUUUAAAGACGGAUGUUCCUAUUAGAAUGGGCAGAUUGUCCAUACAUGAUGAACACCCUUUGCUACAAGAAGGCUUUUCUAGUGAUGAUGGAGAAGCUGGGAAUUCUCGUGGUGUCCUGCUUUUUGAGUUUCUUGAGCAGGAUGCUCCGUAUGGCCGAGAACCAUUGGCUGACAAGAUAUCAGAUCUAGCAUGCCAGUACCCUGGGUUGAAGACAUUAAGAAGUUGUGACUUACUGCCAGGAAGUUGGAUGUCAGUGGCUUGGUAUCCCAUAUAUCGAAUACCUAUGGGUCCAACACUGAAAGAUUUGGAAGCUUGCUUUCUGACGUAUCAUUCACUUUCAACACCCAUGGCAGGUAGUGGAAGCACGCAGGCUCCAGUGAUGGUCUAUCCCACCGAGAUGGAUGGUGACCCAAAGAUUUCCUUACCUGUUUUUGGAAUGGCUGCUUAUAAGUUAAAAAGAACAAUGUGGACACAAAAUGGAGUAAUGGAGUGUCAACUGGCAAAUUCCCUGAUGCAGGCUGCAGGCAAUUGGCUAAGCCUGCUUCAGGUCAAGCAUCCGGAUUUCCAGUUCUUUGCUUCACACGGCAUGUACUGCAGGUGAAAUUGAAAGUUGUUUCAUUGAUGCAAUGCAACUACCUUAGCUUCCAUUCCACGAGUUACAAGCCUUGAAAUUGAAUGCUUGAUCCAUGGCCAUGUUGAGGUAUAUGGUAUAUGGCAUAUACGGCUGGGAGGAUGCUUGGAAUGCCCUUGAGAGGUCUUUUCAGGUGUGAAUUUUGUGUUCAUGAAUGCAGAAUGCAAGAGAAGAAAAAAAACAGAAGAGAAAGCUGGCAUUUACAAAAUUUAAAGAUAAAAGAAGAAAAAUAAAAAAGAAAGAGGAAGCAGUGAAAGAAAAACCCAAAGGCAUGGAAGGAAGGAACAAGAAUAAGGUCAAAAAGACCAGUAUAGAUGAAAAUGGAAAUGGUGUAUUAGAUAUGUAUAUUUAUGUUGAUCUGUUGGUUUUAGGAAUAUUAUGCAUAUUUUCACAAGUAGAGAUGUAAAGCAGAUGGAUGUUUAAAAUGUUGUGCUGCUUCAAAUUGGUCUGGCUUUCAUGGGAAAAAAUGAAAAUCCUUCCUUGGUUGGGUGACGAGAAAAUCGGUGAGGGUACCGUAUAUCAGCCACACGAUUUAUCUGAAUAGUAACUUCACUUGAGUUUAAUGAAA